AUGCUCUCCUCAACCUUUUCGGUGGCAGCCGCCGCCGCUGCCGCUCUCCUCCCCAGCACCAUCAGCGCCACGCCCCUGGGCCUUCCCAUCCUCCCGCGCGCCGAGCUCGAGCAGCCCAGCAUCAACGCCUCGCUGCCCAACAUCACCAUCUUCGCGACGGGCGGCACCAUCGCGUCGCAGGGCAGCUCGUCGGCGCAGACGGUGGGCUACCAGGUGGGGCUGGGCGUGCAGCAGCUGGUCGACGCCGUGCCCGAGGUGCUCAACAUCUCGAACAUCUACGGCCAGCAGAUCGCCAACGUCGGCUCGCAGAACAUCAACGCGACCGUGCUGCUGCAGCUGGCGCGCAACAUUACUGCUGAGCUCGAGAAAGAUGAUGUGCAGGGUGUGGUUGUGACGCACGGUACCGAUACGAUGGAGGAGACGGCCUUCUUCCUCGACCUCGUCGUCAACAGCACUAAGCCCGUUGUCGUCGUCGGCGCCAUGCGCCCCGCUACGGCCCUGAGCGCGGAUGGCCCGCUGAACCUGUAUCAGGCUGUUAGCCUGGCUGCGAGCGAGAAGGCGCAGGGUAGGGGUGUGAUGAUUGCGUUGAACGACCGCAUCGGCUCCGCCUUCUACACGCAAAAGAACAACGCCAACUCGCUCGACACCUUCUACGCCACCGAGCAAGGCCAGCUCGGCUUCUUCAUCAACCAAGUCCCCUACUUCUACUACACGGCCGCCUCCAUCCCCAACAAGCCGUUCUUCCCGCCCUCGCCCACCGCCACCACCCUCCCCACCGUCGCCGUCCUCUACACGCACCAGGACGACGUCGCCGCGAUCGUGCCCGCCGCCGUCGCCGCCGGCGCCGAGGGCCUCGUCUUCGCUGGCUCCGGCGCCGGGUCUAUUGAUGAUGCCGUCAAGGAGGCUGCCAGCGCCGCGUUCAACGCGUCGGGUGUGGCCAUGGUCGCGAGCAGGCGCACGCCCGACGGCUUCGUGCCCAAGGAGGAUGUCGAGGACUGGAUGGUUGCGGCUGGGUUUUUGAACCCGCAGAAGAGCAGGAUUUUGUUGCAGUUGGCGCUGGAUGCGGGGUACAGCGUUGAUGAGAUUAGGGAGACGUUUGAUGGGCUGCACCCGUAA